AUGUCGCACUUCCUGAACACGAAAGACACGCAGACGUUCAACUCCGCGCAUCAGUUCAUUCGCGCGGACGUGCGUCCUCCCCCUCGCGCCUCGCGUUCGCGUCGGUCGCUCCCGUCGUCAAUGCGCGUUUGGAUUUGGUGUCGUUGGUCGUCCUCCCGCGCGAUCGCUCCCCGACAGCCGACCGACCCUCGCCCCUCCUCCCGCCGCGACGCGUCUUCUCGACCACCCCAGGGCGCGUUCAUACGCCGAGUGCUGUCCAAGGAUGAGUUCAACGACGUCAGGCACUUCGAAACGUGCUUCCUGCACGCCGUCGGCGGAGACGCGUUCGAGGACAAGAUGGGCGGAAACGCGCACGUCGUCGCCGUCGUGACCGGGCACAACCUCCACGUCCUGAACGUGAACGCGCACGCGAAGAAGCUGUGCACCAUACCGCUGCAGCACGUGCGAGCGAUCGAGGACGCGGGGUCGUACCGCAGAUUCACCGGGUUCAUCAAGAGCCACGACAGCGCGAACAGGCACGGCAGGCGCUAUGUGCUGACGCGCGCGGCGUGGAGCGACGAGGUGCGCGCCGCCGCCGCCGCCGCCGACGACGACGACGGAGAACGCGGAAGGGACGAGCACGGCGCGCGCGCGGAGAUGGACGCGUACGACAGGGAGAAGGAGCUUCAGCGGCUCGACGCGAUCGCGAACCGCAAGGCUGCGAUCGCGAACGCGAGGGCUAAAGUGGGGAAGUUCUUCUCGAGACUCAACCCGAAGCGGCAGGCGAAGAAACAGCUCGGGGUGCCGAAGAAAGAUAAAACCGCCGCCGCGGCGAACGACGCGGACGGCGCGCCCGCGCACGCGAAACGCCCGAGCGCGCGGCGGCGCUUCGACCGCGUCAUGGGAAAAGCGUCGGGCAAGGCGGGCGCGGUCACCGAGAGCUUCAACGGGUUCAUGCGAAUGCCGUUUGGUAAAUCCGCGGCGGCGAACGGCGUGCCGCUUCGGCAGACGCCGAGAUUAAAACUUCCGCCGCCGCCGCCGCGGUAUUUGACGCAGAACAUAUCCAUCGUCACGAUGGAACCGUCAUCGCAGCUGAUGUUCCACCUGAAACAUCGCGUGUUAGAGACGCAAGCGCAGGUCGCGGUCUUGGCGGCGAAGGAGGAGGAGGCGCGCGGACGCGGCGGCGGCGGACGCGGCGGCGGCGGCCAAAGCGCCGAGUCGCCGCCGCCGCCUCCCGCGACGUCGUCGCGUCUCGGGAUCCUCGCCUCGCGCCUCCCGCGCGAUGUCGUUGACGGGUCCGAACUCGCGACGCGCGCGGUGUACGACGCGGAGACGAGCACGACGCGCGCGACGCGAGUGAGCUACGACGCGCUCUCAGUCGCCGCCGGGAUGGCGGAUUUCGUCGAUCGCGUCCACGUCGACGUCGACGGGUUCUGCCACUUCGGUCCCCCGUCGCGCGCGCUCCCGCCCCCUCCCGGGACCCGCGGGGGCUCCGCCGCCGCCGCCGACGUCGUCGCGCGGGAUGACGACGCGCCGACCCAGGGCGACGUGAACCGAGCGAAGCACGAGGCGAAGGAAGGGUUGCUUCUGUGCGCCGCGCUUCACCCUGCGAUGCUCGCGGCGGCCGCGUCGUUGCGCGCGACGCGACGCGCCGAGGACGCGGAGCGCGUCGGGAUCGACCCGUGGCACGAUCUGAUGUACGCGCGCGAGUUGUUCGACGACCUCGAGUCCGAGAUUCUCGCGCCGAAAUACGGCGAGCUCGUCGGCUCGCGGAUCGUGCCGGAGACGUGCACGACGCUCGACGUCGACGACGUCAACGCCAUCGCCGCGAUGUCCGAGCACUUCAAACGGUCGCCGAAGUUACAAUCGUACGCCCUCGGCGCUGUGGAAUUUUUCGACGUCGUCAUGAAGCGUCUCGCGGAGGCGUCGUGGGCGGCGUCGCACACGCCGGGGAUUCUCACAGCGAUGCGGAAGCGCCGGCGCGGGAAGCAAACCGGCGUGGACAAUUGGGCGAGGAUGUUCAAAGCCGUCGCGCAAGGCUCCGCGGCGCACCGCACGGUGCAAAUGCUCACGUGGACGCGAUCCGUGCUCGAAGGCAGCGAGGGCGCUGUGAACGAGCGAACGAGGAUCAUAACCGGGGAACCGCACUCGUUAGAGUCGCUCGUGCACGCGUUGUUCACGUUUUCCCCGCGGCGGCACCCGUCGAUGAAGCGCGAGAAAUUCUUCGAGAGCGCUUCGAUGGACCUGACGAAGCUUCGUCACCCGGACGGCGCCGUCUCCAUCGGGGUUCUAGACCUGAUCGUGCACGUGCUGUUCGAGGCGAUCAUGCUGUGUCAGCACGCGUUCAUGGCGCACUCUGGCAAUGGGCACAUCCCGAGCAAAUUUCUCGUCGAGCACAUCAUCGAGAGGGAAGUGAGCGACGAGCUCGUGUCGUCGAAAAUUUCCGCGAUGUUCGCGCGGCUCGCGAACUUGGUCCUGUUCGACACGCACGGGCCCAUACGCGGCGGCGACGCCGUGUGCGCUUACCGCUACGCAUUCGUUCUGCAGCACUUCUUAGACGGCUUCGAAGCCGGCCGCGCGCGGCGCGCGGUGUUGGCCGCUUACGAGCACGACUUGACGUACGUCCUCUCUCAGCCGUGGCUCCGGCGGCGGAACGUCGAGGGCGACGUCUUCUUCGACGUCCACGCGCGGCCGAUGUUCAACCGCGUCAUGCGCGAGUGCAUCCCGCGCGGUUUGAUGUCCCCGACGUGGGAGCUGCGGUUCGGGCGGGCGGAGAACGACGGCGGCGACGCGUCGUGGGCGGCGGCGGCGGCGGCGGACGCGGCGGCGGCGGCGAACGUCGGCGGGGGGACCCGCGGGUUCGACGCGAUGGGCGCGGGCGGGUUCGACGCGGGGAGCGCGGGCGGGUUCAACGGAGCGAUGCCCCCGGAGGAGAACGCCGCGCCGCGUUGGACGCGCACGACGUAUCGGUGA